GGAUCGGAGGCACCUCCCGCCGUGGAGCGGCCGCGCCGUGCCCGGAACCGUCCGCCCGUGCGCCCAAUGUCGGUAGAGCGAGCCGCGAAAUCGCCUAGGACGUGGAGCUGAUCGAUUUGGGUAUUGGAGACUGAUUUUUUCUGUAUGUUGGCCACCAUGGAGUCACGGAUGGAUCAAUAUGACAUUAUGGAACAGAUUGGCCGUGGCGCCUUUGGUGCUGCCAUCCUCGUGAACCACAAGAUUGAGAAGAAAAAGUAUGUGAUGAAGAAAAUUAGACUCGCGAGGCAGACAGAGCGCUGCCGCAAGUCUGCUCAUCAAGAGAUGGCCCUUAUUGCUCGCCUGCAACAUCCUUACAUUGUUGAAUUCAAAGAGGCAUGGGUUGAGAAGGGAUGCUACGUUUGCAUUGUAACGGGAUACUGCGAAGGUGGCGAUAUGGCUGAACUGAUGAAGAAAGCAAAUGGGACAUACUUCCCAGAGGAGAAACUGCUGAGAUGGUUCGCUCAGUUGGCUCUAGCUGUUGACUACUUGCACUCGAAUUAUGUUUUGCACCGGGACCUCAAGUGCUCAAACAUAUUUCUCACAAAAGAUCAUGACAUUCGUCUUGGUGAUUUUGGCCUGGCUAAGACGUUAAAGGCAGAUGAUUUAACCUCUUCGGUAGUGGGAACUCCAAAUUACAUGUGCCCAGAGCUGCUUACCGACAUUCCUUAUGGAUUCAAGUCAGAUAUAUGGUCUCUUGGAUGUUGUAUGUAUGAAAUGGCUGCCCAUCGACCUGCUUUCAAGGCUUUUGAUAUGGCUGGACUGAUAAGUAAGAUAAACCGUUCCUCUAUUGGACCUUUACCUACUUGCUACUCUUCAUCUAUGAAAAUACUUAUCAAAAGCAUGUUGAGAAAGAGUCCUGAACAUCGGCCUACGGCGUCUGAUAUUCUGAAAAAUCCAUACCUACAACCUUAUGUUAAUCAGCAUCGCCCAUUUGCUGAUCUACUGCAUCCCAUGCAAUCUCCCGAGAAAUCCAUCACCAGUUCACGUAGCAGUCGGAGAAGCAUGUCUGGAAGCCAGUGCAGUAGCAUUUCUGGCACUGGCAGUGAUAUGGAUAGUAUACAAUCAAGUGAAAGAACCACAUCAGGGCUAGCUUCAAGUUCCAACAACACCAUUGAUACGGAAGGUGCUGAAGCUACUAAUAAUCGGUUAGUUAACAAAUGUUCAACACCACAUGAUAUUAAAAGCCACAAGGACAUUGCUAGUCCUGAACUGGAGAGACAGGACUCGUCCAAAUCCAUACAUGUUGAUCAGCAUCCCAAAUACGCGAGUAAGCAGCCAAAAAUUAUCAAGAAGAUACUAACAACUCUAAGAGAGGAGACUAGUAAGCUUAGGGCAAACAAUUCACCUUUGAGAGUGAGCCGUGUAAAGCUACAUUCACCUAGCCACAGCGAGCGCUCGACUGAUGAUUCAAAGCAAAACAGUGAUGUUUCCUCCAGUUCAAAAUCUAGUGAAGUGACAUCACAUGAGUCAGCAAAGGUCAACUGUGAUACUGUGAAACAAAUACAAGCAUCUCCUCCCCCGAAGCAUUUGUCACCAAUUGUUGAACAUUCUGCAAAAUUCAAGAUUAAAGCAGAUGAGUUGCAGCAGCUAAACUCUACCAAGCAGACAACUGGAGAUGCCCAUGUAGCUGAAGGGAAGGCCAAGAACAGGGUGUUACCCGGUUUUACCAGACGCCCUAGCUUCCCUCCUCGUAAACAAGUGGGCUCAGAGAGUCCACAGCAUACUGGGACAAAACGAGCUUACAAUAAGGUUACAGAGGAGCAUGCAAAAAGUCCCUGUCGACCUGCCCUUGGCCCAAAGAUGGUUCCCGCUGAGCUUCCAGGUGUUUUAGUGGCUCCUCCAAGUCCCCUGAGUGGUAUUCACAUGAAAGUGGACAAUUCACAGGAGAAAUCAGCUCCACCCAGGGCUGUAGUGACCAAGGAAGUCGGCAGUGCUUGCUCCAGUUCCCCAAUUGAUUAUGCUGACAGUAUCAAGCAGUCUGAACCAUCUGAACCUGAUUUACUAGCCAACCCGGUUUCAUCCUGCAAGUGCUCAAGCCCUGACGCUGGCAUACAAAAGCAUGACCUAACAGAUAUACCAAGCUCAGAGCUCAGUUCAACCAAUUUGAAGAGUAUUUCUAUUAAUGAGGAUAUUAGUCUAAGCUCGGUCUUGGAAACAUCUAUUGAUACAGCUGUAAAAGAGUUUAUUUGCAAUGAUGAUGUUCCCUGCAGUAAGAUGGGGCAGAGUUCUCCCAUGGUCACUGUACAGAGUGAUGAGGAUAAGUUCACAGUUCAAGAGCUGCUCUCGUCAGUACCAUGUAUUGCUCCCUUCGAUUCAGCAGCAAAGAACAUUGCACUAGACAAAGGAUCACCUUCUAUCCACCAGUCAUCAGAGAAAUCACCAGUUCCUCAUUUGAGCCCUCCAGUUGAGGACGUUAUACAUGUCAUAAGGCACAGCAGUUUCCGUGUCAGUGGUGAGCAGGCGGUAACAGGGAAUGCUGAAAUGGGAGUCGUAAACACAGAUGUUGACGAGCUUCCCGACGUGGUUAAAGAAGAAGUGGAUGUGAGAAGCAUCACACCGAGCCUUACACCUUCUGGACUUGUUGAUUCUGCCACUGCCAAACCCAACAUUUCAGAAGCUAAUACUGUCAGUCCAAAACUGGCGGAUUCAGAUGUGGUAAAAUUGCCUGCUAUCUCAGAAGUAAAUUCUACUUCUCCUGAGACCAACAUUAGGUUUAAGGAGGAGGCAACCUCAACAAAGGAAAUACUAGAUGUCAAGUCUUUCAGGCAACGUUCCGAGGCCCUUGAAGGGCUGUUGGAGCUUUCUGCUGAUCUACUGGAAAACAAUAGGUUCGAGGAGCUUGCGGUUGUUCUAAAGCCGUUUGGGAAGGCUAAGGUGUCCCCACGAGAAACGGCUAUCUGGUUGGCCAGAAGUUUUCAAGGGAUGAUGAAUGAUGAAGCUAGUCGGAGCUCAACAUGAGUGCUCAUAGAAUUGACCUUUUUCUUUUGGUGCUCUGAAUCUCCAAACUUGUAAAGUUUGACCACCUCACACACGUUCAUAUGGUGUGAUAUGUUAGUCUCAUGUUUGCAUCUCAGUGGAACUUCAAUUCCAUACUGUACAUUCUGUAUAUAGCCCAGACUUGUAAACAGAAAUAAGCCAUGCCAAGAAUAAUGUAAAUCUACAGAAUCAAGGUAUUGAAGUUCCACUUUGUUAUUA